AUGGUGAGAGCACGAAAGAAUACCAAGGUAGUAGAGGAGCAGGUGGAGGUUGUCUCUGAGAGAGAAAUAUUGAAUGCAUCUUCACCACAAGAAGUGAUUGAGUUGGUGACCAAACUCACCUCCACAACUCAAGACAAGAUCUUUGCAGAGUAUCGGGCCAAGGCAGAGGCACAGCUUGCAGAGAGUAACAGACUCGUCCAGGAGCUCACUGCUGAGGUUGCCGCUAAGCAGGCAGUCAUUGACAGCUUGAAGAAUGGCGUUGUGCAAACACCAGGACAUUCACAGCAACAAAACCUCUAUAUAUCACCAAUUAGAAGAAGAAAAGGUGCCAAUCUGAAACAAGGGGUAGUAGACGAGAAGUCCCAGCUCAUCACACAAGAGGAGCUCACCAAGGAGCUCGAGACUAUUGGAAUUACCCUUGACAUGUUGGAGCUUCUCACUGGACUUCGAAUUACAAACUAUGAGGAAGAUUCCACUAGAUUUCAUUUUGAUAUCACUCAGGCUUCGACAACGGGCAGUUCAGGUGAAGAAUUGACCUUCCUGUACCGUCUUUUCAUUGCCAAGGAUUUCAAGGAUACUGCUGAGAUUAGCUAUUUGCCAAUGACUCUGUCAGACAAUGAACAUAUCGAUAAGCUCAAGGAGGUACUUCCGGAAUACUUCUGGGGAAAUUUAUCAUUUCCAUACAACACAUUGUCUCAAUUUUAUACCAAGAUUAAUAGAGCUUUGAUAAAGGGUGCUAAAUCGGCAUAG